AUGGUCCGAAUCAGCGCCUUCGCCGUCGAACAAUGGAUGGACGCCUACGAAACAAGCGCAAAGCACAAUCUGGCUGAGACCUGCAGUGCCUCUAUCUCCCUCAAUGACCUUCUUGCCCUGGCUCCGAAGGAUGACCUUGUCGACUACUCGCAAAAGCAGGUCUAUGGCGCGAUCAGAGGCACAGAGGCGCUGAGGACUAACAUUGCAAACUUGUAUUCCCCAGCCGGAUCCUCCCUCAGCAAAAUAUCUGCAGAGGGCGUGCUUGUCACUAAUGGUGCUAUUCAGGCGAAUUUCCUGUCUCUUUAUACCAAUGUUGGGCCCGAUGAUCAUGUCAUAUGUCAAUACCCAACGUAUCAACAACUAUACUCCGUACCAGAAUCUUUUGGUGCGGAAGUGAGUCUCUGGAAAUCGGAUGAGGAGAAAGGGUGGGGGAUGGAUUUGGAGCAGUUGAGGGCUUUGGUGAAGCCAAACACGAAAAUGAUCAUCUUGAACAAUCCCCAAAAUCCUACUGGAGCGGUUCUUCAACGCGAAGAGCUGCAGGCGAUUGUUGAAAUUGCACGAGAGCACGGAAUCAUGAUCCAUUCUGAUGAGGUUUACCGACCUCUCUUCCAUUCACUCGACCGAGAAGAGGAUAUUCCACCAUCUAUCCUUGAGUUUGGAUAUGAUAAAGUCAUUGCGACUGGCUCGAUGUCCAAGGCCUUCAGCUUGGCUGGAAUCCGGCUUGGGUGGAUUGCCUCCCCGAAUUCAAAGAUAAUCGAAGCGUGCGCCUCCGCUCGAGACUACACUCUGAUCUCGGUUGGCCAGAUCGACGAUAGCGUAGCCACACACGCACUCUCUCAGCCCUGUGUGGAUAAUUUGCUGCAGCGCAAUCUCCAGCUGGCGAGACAAAAUCUCGCUGCCCUUGAUGCUUUCAUCAAUGAAUAUAGCUGGGCUGUGAAAUGGACGAGGCCAAAGGCGGGAACCACUGCAUUCCUCAAGUUUGUCAACAAAGACGGAAGAGCGAUUGAUGAUGUCGAAUUCUGCAAGGUGCUUCAGGAGAAGACUGGGGCCAUGCUGGUUCCCGGAAGCAAAUGUUUCGGCGGAGAUGUUGACUUCCGUGGAUAUGUAAGGAUGGGUUAUGUACCCGAGAACCAAGUGAUGGUCGAUGGUCUGAAGGCUCUGAGGCACUUCAUGGCGGAUGAGUACGAGAAGUUGCCUCCGGCUAACUGA